CCAAACCCAACUAGAACGUUAGUAAGCAAUCAUUAUCAUAUCAAAAUCAAAGUAACAAAGUUACUUUCUUUUUUCUCUCACCCACUUCCACCUAAGAUUUAGACCGUUGCAAAAUAAAACCUUUUCACUUUGUCAAAUAAUCUCAAGAAUAAGAUGUAUUAAACUGUUGAUUACUUAAUCAGCCACAGAUACAGAAGAGAAUAGUCACUGCCCAAACCUUCAAAUUCUUCAUAUAUUCUUAUCAUUGAUCAUGGCUGACACAAAACCAAACAGCAGCAUCUCACUGCCUCAAACCCAUCAAGCAAACCCCAAUCAAGAGCCUCUCUUGCAUGCCCUUGAUCCUAUAUCACUGAUCCUCAACCAGAAUUCCAAUUCUGAUAACCCUUUUCCUCUGAGACUCGCCUCAGUAGACAGUUUCGUGUUGGAGAGAGGACCCAACUAUACUGCGUAUGCCGAAUUGAGAGAAUCCAGGUUGCACAUGAAGUGUUUGAUGCAAGACCGGCAUCAAGAGGCUCAGGUAUUGGAACCAACUAUAAAACCUGCAACACCACCAAGGAAGAAACAGGUCAAGUUUCAAGCUUGUGAGAGAACCUCAAAAGGGUCCUUUUCUAUUGCUCAAUCGGUUCCAGAUUUUUCUGCUGCGCUAAGGAAAGAGAAUAGGAAGCCUAUGAGCACUCUGCCUUCAACGACACCACCAAGCAAGAGUGGUAAUGGGGUGGUGUUGAGUUCAAGGGGGAGCAAGUCAGUGAGUGGAGGGGAGAAGAAGAAAGGUGGUGGUGGUGGUAGUGUGAUGGCUAGGAAGAGCUAUGCCUGCAUUGAUGAACUUAAGGGUUUGUCUUCUGCUACAGCCAUUGCCAUCAAUGGUGAAGGUAGAGGUGGAGGAAGGAGUAACAAGGUGAUGGGAAAGACAGUUUCAGGAUUCCCCAGACAGUUUUGAAUAUUGGUGUUUGGAAAUAUUGCUUCCUUAAAUUUUGAUUUGUUCUUUAUUGGUUGAAUUUUUUGGUUUUGAGAGGCUCCGGAAAUGGCUGUGUGAUUUAUCUUAUUUUGUCCACUCAUUUUGUUCUUAUCUGGGAUUUGGAGUAUCAGUCUUAUUCAUAGGUGACAAGAUUUGAAUAACUUGAAUGUUCCUUAUGAAUACUCCUAAGGACUUGUAUAAUUCUAUUUUAUGAUCUCUUACUGAGGAUCUUACAGUAUAAUGUAAACUUGUAAAGUUAAGGUGUAUGUAAAAGUGUUUCUCGCUGUAACACUGAUAUAGGAAAUACACAGUUUUGCAUUUCUUCUUUAAGUGGACUGGU